CCUUUCACACAAAAAAGUUAUUGCGACACAUUUCAACCUGCAUGAAGCUGGAGCUUCUGGGCCGUUGCUGGGAGACGAUGUUUGGACAGAGCGGGGGAACAGAGAUUGUGUCCAGAGGCUUAUUAAAUUUCCCCUAUUGAAGGCGAGAUAGCAGAUAUUCAGUAGAACAUACAUAUUAAGUGCAGCCCUGUGAUCUGAACAAACAGUCUGCUUCCAGGAGGCGAAGCAUGCUGCCAGAGCGCUGCAGCAUCACACAGGACGGCCGCACAGUGAUGGAGAGCCUGGUUGUUAAAGCUUGACAGAGUGUCUGAGAGAGUCUGUCUCUGGUGCGAGCAGCCGCGAUGCUGGGCAGUCACCUGUUGCUUUCCAUCUACAUCCUCACCUUUCUGAUGGGGGUCCCUGCCAACAUCCUGGCAUUCUGCACCUUCUACCGCAAGGUGCGUCGCAAGGCCGCCCCGAUAGACAUCCUCCUCCUCAACCUCACCAUCUCCGACCUCAUCUUCCUCGCCUUCCUGCCAUUUAAAAUGAAGGAGGCCGCCGACGGCAUGGACUGGCUGCUGCCCUACCCUCUGUGUCCCUUCACUGGCUUUGUGUUCUACGUCACCAUCUACAACAGCACCUUGCUCCUCACUGCUGUGAGCGUGGAGCGCUACCUGGGGGUCGCCUACCCCCUCAGGUAUUCCCUGUGGCGCAGGCCUCGCUACGCCAUAUUGGCGAGCAUCAUGUUCUGGUUGGUGACCUCUCUGAACCUCAGCGUCGUCUACAUCAUUCCCUAUGUCCAGUGGAGCAAAGGUGCCAACAGUGACAGCAGCAAUGACAGUGCCACUAACAACCCUGUCACGCCUCCACCUACCUGCUACCUGGACUUCAGCGCGGAAGAGCUCAACAUCCUGCUGCCGAUCCGUCUGGAGCUCUUCGUCGUUCUCUUCUGCAUCCCCUUCUUCAUCUGCUGCUUCUGCUACGUCAACUUCAUCCGUAUCCUGUCCCGUCUUCCAAACAUCGGCAGACGUCGGAGGCUGCGUGCCAUCGGUCUGGCGCUCGGCACACUGAUAGUGUUUGCCGUCUGUUUUGGGCCUUACAAUGCCUCCCAUGUGGUGGGGUUUGUUCGCUUUGAGAGCGAGGAGUGGAGGAACGUGGCGUUGCUUUCCAGCACCUUCAACGCCUGCCUGGAUCCGUUCAUCUUCUACUUCUCCUCAGCGGCUGUCAGAAGCAUGUUAGACCACUGCUGCAAGAACAUCAUGGCGAAGCUGCACAUCCUGAAGUGUGGAGGAGCAGCUGCUCACUGUCCUCACCAGAAACCCUCCAAGACUGACAAAUACAAGGAAGCACCCCUUCCUUGAAAGUUCUGGAGAAAUUAUUCAUGUAAAAAUUUAUUUUUGAGAGUUUAUUUCAUGCAAAAUGGACAAAAUGAAGGGUUGGGAAUUAUUAUUUCACUCUAACCAAUGAGAGGGGCUUCUGGGGCUUCAUUUAGGUGAACCGAUCACUGUGGCUGACAGUGGAGUUAGUGUACUUCCUCAUGUCAUGUCAGUACCUUUUAUAGAGCUUAAAUGGGACACAAUAAACACGUGCAAGUUUUUUUUCAGUUCAUUAUCUGUUGACUCAAAGCUGAAAAUGUAGUUUAAUCAGCAUUGUUGUCAUUUUACAUUAACAUGACAUGACAGAUGGCACAACAGAACUGUGGAAAUAAGGCUUUAAACGCUGCCACCAGUUAGACUGAUAACCGUUAAUCAUGUGUAAGUAAACGUUGUGACACUGUCGCCGAUCCUUCAGUAGAGAACGUUUUUCACUUGGCAGUAAGCUUUAAAGUCUGAUAAAGCAGCGUCAUUGCUAAAGUAUAGCUAGUAUGGCUCCUAAUAAUCCAUAAGAUCUGCAGUAAUUAUUGUCAGUAAUAAAUGGUUUGUUGAGGAUCUCUACAGUAGAUUAUUCAGAAGUCCACUAGAGAAUCCUUCCGAGUUCAAUAAAGAGCAAAAAAGACAAAACAAACCAUCACUUUAAGUGUACUCAUUGCAACAUACUUGCCUUAGUGACUCAGUGUUUAACAUAUGGUUCAGUUUGUUUUAGUGGCGUGGAGGGUGGAGGUGGGAAACUCCAACAUCCGGCGCUGCAUUCACAGAAAUUUCAUUUUUGUGAUCUAUAAACAAACAUCACUAGUAUUUGGAGCCGACCAGGGGGCCAAAACUGACAGACAAAACGUGAUUUCUCAGCAACAAAGACGAAAUAAUUGCAACUAUAACAUAAACCUGUGGGAUCGUAACAUUACGCAGCAGAUUCCUGUGUUUCUGUGUCGAUGAACAUUUGAGGAUAACUUUUUAAAUGGAGAAAAUUACUUCCAGAAACAGUUUUAACCCGGGAGAGUGUCACGCCCAUCCAAGCAGUAGAUCAACUCAAAAUACAUUUCUGUUCUCAGAGGACUGGGGUUACGGUGGUUAUAAAUAUCUCAAAGACUAGGGGCCUCAUUUAUAAAGAUCUUUAAGUGUGACUUACGUAGAAAACCACGUAUAAGUAGUUAUUUAUAAAAUGUUACAUUGACGUGGAAAUGAUCUGCACUGGGUUGCUUCAGCUGUGUGUGAGUUUGGGUGUAAAGUCGACACUAGAGGCUUAGAAACUA